AUGGAUGUAUUGAGCUCAAACGAGAUAUUAUCGGAAUUAGAAACUCUUUUUAUACCAAAUGAAUCAAUUGAUUCCAUCUCUAAAAAAUUCCAAUUGGAAUUGAUGAAUAGAUUACAAUCAAGUAGUAACUCAAUGCUACCUUGUGACCAUAUCCCCAACAUUUCAUUGCAAGAGUUGACAUCAUUAACUAAUACAAAUUUCAAAAAUCUGACCAUUGAUUUCGGUGGUACUAGUCUGAAAUUUGCCAUCUUAUCAGGCGAUAAUAAUCAAUUCAAUAUUGAAUAUGAAAAAAAAUUGGAUAUUAAAAAUAAAUUUGUUGAUUUCAAAUUUUUUGAAAAUUUGAUUGAAUGGAUUAUUUUAGAAUGUGUUAAAUUCGAUAUCCCUAAGGAAACCCAUUACCUUGUCUCUACAACUUUUAGUUUCCCAUUAGAUUCUCAAAAGAGAAUUAUCACCAUGGGCAAAGGUUUUAAAUUGUUGAAAGAAUUGAAAAAUUAUUCUAUUGUUGAUAUUUUACAAAUAUCGUUUGAUAACAUCUUAAAGAAAAAUUUGAAUUCAAAUAAUUAUACUUUUGAAAUUGGAAAUGUUAUCAAUGAUUCUGUAGCAGUUUAUUUGUCCAAUAGAUUUUUGAUUGACACUAAACAUGCAACAAGUAGUAGUAGUAGUAGUAGUAACAAUAAUAUAUCGUUAAUUUUAGGUACAGGUACCAAUUCAUCUUUUGACGUCCCAUUAUCUUCUUUACCCUCUUUCAAGAAAAAAUUCUUAAAUUUGGAUACAUUGGAUGAAAACAAUUAUUCCAUGCUUAUCAAUUCAGAAUUAGGAUUUCUAGGAGUAGAAGUCAUUAAUUUAACAAGUUUUGAUCAUUUCAAUACUUCUUCAAUUGGAUAUGAUAUGCCUUUAGAAUAUGUCACGUCAGGGAAAUAUCUUUCAAUGAUCUUACCAAAGAUUUUACUUCAUUACAACUUAUUGCCCAAAUCAAACAAUACUAUUGAGGAAUUUAUUAAUAAUUUCGAUGGUGAAGUUUUUUCCAAUAUUUUAUCAGAAAAUUAUGAAGAUCUCUUAACUUUCUUCAAUCUAAAGAAUGAAAAAUUAGAUUUAAUUACUAAUAUUUGUAAAAUAUUAAUCAAAAGAGCUUCCAUAUACUUGGUAUCUUCAAUAUUAGCAAUCAAUGAUUUCCUAAACAAAAUAUAUAAUAGAGAUAUUGGUGCUUUGAAUUCAGCUUUAAGUGAAACUGAAAGUGAUAACAGUGAUAUAGAAAGUAUAAAUAGUGAUAACAAGACUACUUUUUCCAAUGAUAUUAAAGUAGGAUAUGUUGGCUCCUUUUUAGCUUUUUCAAAAUAUUACCAUGAACAAAUUAAAUUUUAUUCAAAUGAACAAGUCACUCUGAAUUUCCUAGACAAUAGUAGUUUAAUUGGUGCUGCUGUUUCAAGUUACAUUUCCAAGAUACAAAAGUAA